AUGGGUGAUGGCAUUCACCGUGCUGUGGUGCUGUGGACCCAGGACCAUAUCCUGACCAGCAAGGAUAUCGUGCAGGCUCCGAACCAGCCGGAGAGAUCAUCCGUAGACAUGGUAGACGUCAUCCUUGAAGUGAGGUCCGAUACUCCAGACGUGGAGAAGUAUCCAUGUGAGUUACUCCACCGCGAUGGGGUGACCGGCAAUCGUCAAUGGAUGCCGUUGAGGUCCACGGCGGAUCACCGAAACCUAUCAGGGAUACCGAACGCAAUGUUCUUCAACGUGGUCUGGAUCUGA